UCGACUGUUUGGAUACGUGAGAGCCCCAGAGCAUGUUAUGCACAUCACCAGUUCUAUAGAAUCAAGACGGACUACUGGUAUUAGUUGAUGAUUGAACAAUUCAACAAAUACUAUGAUCACUAUAGUGAUUUAAUUUGGAAAUACAACCUUUCAUUGGUCAAAUACUGUCUGAUGUGCUUCAUACCAAAUGUUAGGGCGUUCGUGGCACACCAAGUUUGACUACGGAUCUAAUCGACAGCAAAAAUAACCAGAUUUACGAUGUCCCUGGCAGAAAAUUCGAACAAUUGGCGUUCAGGUCUCAGUCUCGCUGAGUGCAACAGAUAUAUGCUUACUCACCAGAUCCAUUGUGACGUCACAUUUAGAGUUGGGAAAGAGGGCAAACUUGUACGCGCCCAUAAGUAUGUUCUGUCCAGCAGAAGUCCAGUCUUUGAUGCCAUGCUGUAUGGCGACCUUGCUGAAUCAGACGACAUCAUAGUUCCAGACAUCGAGCCGUCUUCUUUUGAUGCGCUGUUACGAUUUCUGUACUGUGAUGACGACAGCUUUACUCCAGAUAGAGUAACCUCUGUCUUGUAUGCCGCAGACAAAUACGGAGUUGAUGAUUUGGUGACAAAAAUAAAAUCACACUUAGAUCAAAAUAUUACGAACGAAACUGUUCUUACAGUUUUAGAAAGUGCAAAGUCAUUUAACCUUGAAGAUCUUCUUAAAAAGUGCAAGAAUUUCAUUGAAUCAGAUCCGUUUGCUGUCUUACAAUCCUCCUCUGCUUUAGAGAUGACGAAAGAAACCCUUACAUACAUUAUCUCCCUUGAUUCUCUGGUAAUGGAUGAGCUGGAAAUUUAUCGAUUUCUCAUAAAAUGGGCUGAAAAUCAGUGUGAUAGAGUGGGAAUAGAAACAAUUGAUCAGAAUAUUCGAGCUAUGAUGGGGGACUUGAUUUAUCUAAUCCGCUUUCCUCUCAUGAAUUUAGACAUCUUUGUUAAAGAUGUGUGCAAUCGGGAAAUACUGAAUGUUCAAGAGCAAAUUCCUUUACAGCAAGUGAUUGUCGGUAAUCUGGAUAAAAAGAAUACAAAAUUACAAUUCGUCGAACGAAAAAGUAAAACAUUUUGCGUUUUACGUGGAGAUUGUCGUAUGAUCGAUAGUUGGUCAUGUGAUGGAUUAGCAGAUUGUAUAGAGUUCACAGUGAACAAGACUGUUAGAAUCCAUGGCUUCGUUAUGUGGGGUGGAUUGUCUAUUCCCUACGCAUACACGAUACAAGGAAAGCUAUUUGCGAACUCCGAGGAAGUAUCAACUGUACCUGUUCAAACGAUAGAGAAAAGAAAAUCCUCCGAUAUAAAAUUCACUAUCCCAUUACCGGAACCAGUGCGUUUAGCCCCUAGUGUGAGAUACAGAGCCUGGGUACGUCUAGAGGGACCCACCAGCUGGAGAGGUCACAGUUACAGAUCGUCCGUCACAGAUCAUGGUGUUAAAUUCAACUUUUAUACACAUAUUGGAGAAAAUAAUGCAACUUCAUCUGAUGGAGGACAGUUCCCCGGAUUUGUCUGUUCUUUGUAAACAAUCGAAAUGUACAACGUCCAUUAAUAUCAAGUUAACGACUUUUUGAAAUUCACAACAGUAACAAUUAGGGCUAACAAUCAAUUUUACCAAUUCCCCAUUCACUAUAAUUUCACCAACGGUUUCUGAAACUGUGUGUCCUUAUGAUCAAUGACAAAUUCAUAUGUAAACCAUUUUGAAAUAUAGAGAUUUUUAUUGUUAUUAUUUGAACUAAUGAAGUUGAAAUAAUAGAGAAAUCAAAGUACAGAAAUAAUUAUUAUUGAACGGAAGUAUGUUUACAUUGGUUUUGUGUUAUGCGAUUAUUAGAGUU